AUGGGAAGGUUCAAUGUUGAACCGAUGAGGCACAUGGAGAAGGAGCAUUUUCGAGUGCUCCUUGCUAUCGAAAUGGGAAUGAAGAAUCAUGAAGCUGUGCCGUUACAGUUAAUCUCCAUAAUUGCUAGUAUCUAUCGUGGCGGAUGCGCUCACUUGCUACGUGAUUUGAACAAAAUGAAGUUGGUUUACCAUGAGAAGGGUCGCAAAUGUAAGUGAGAAUGAUUAUUUUUUAUUUAAUUCUCCUCUUUAGUUGAUGGCUAUCGAUUGACAACGCUUGGAUAUGAUUAUCUGGCACUUCACACCCUCAGGUCCAGGGGAGUUGUUGGGGCCGUUGGAAAUCAAAUUGGUGUUGGAAAAGAAUCAGAUGUUUAUGUUGGAGGGGACGCCGAUCUGGCAGAUAUUGUCUUGAAGUUUAGUAGAUUGGGAAGAACGUCGUUCAGGAAGCUAAAGGAAAAGAGAGAUUAUCACGGGAAAAGACAGCAUUGUUCCUGGUUGUACCUCUCUCGGAUCUCGGCUCUGAAGGAGUUCACCUUCUUGAAGGCCUUGUACAAUGCCGGGUUCCCAGUUCCGAAGCCAAUUGAUGUGUGCCGUCAUACCGUUGUGAUGUCCCUGAUUGAUGGUAAAGGAAUUGAAAUUUGGUUUCUGUGAUUUUAUACUUUACCGAAUAUUUUUUUCUAUAUUUAGGGGUUCCGCUUUAUAAAAUGAUGGAAUUGGAGAAUCCCGGUGAACUCUACGAUGAACUUAUGGGUCUCAUUGUUAAAUUUGCUGAGUAUGGCCUUAUUCACGGAGAUUUUAACGAAUUCAACAUUAUGAUGACGGAGGAAAUGAAGGUCUACAUCAUUGAUUUUCCUCAAAUGACCAGCACGGAUCAUCCUAAUGCUCAGUUUUAUUUUGAAAGGGACGUGGAAUGUAUUCGGGAAUUCUUCAGAAAGAAAUUCAAAUACGAGUCGGAAGAUUUCCCCACCUUUGAUCAAGUCGAGAGGAGAUUUAGUAUGGACGUGGAGCUGGCAGCUACUGGAUUUACAAAGAAAAUGGCAGCAGACAUCAACAAAGCAUACGAGGACAGAUGUAAUAUGACGAAGGGAGAAUUAGAUGAAGUCAUCGAAGAGGAGUCCAGUGAAGUGGAUGAAGAAGAACUCGAGGAGGAAGAAGAAAAUGCCAAAUUGAGGGUGAGUGCAAGAUGACUCAUCAGUAGAAUUGGUUUAGCGAAGUGAAUUGGCAGCCGCCUCGAGAUUCACUACCUGGCUUGAAGAUGCACAAAGUCAGAUAUCCGGGAUGAAAAUUGAAGAAGAUUUUGAUGUUACUGACAAACAAAUGAAAGAAAAUUACGGUAAUAACCAUGUAAAAGUAAUCAAAAGUCAUUUUUAGAGAAACAUGUGAAGGAACAAGAAGUCAAGAAAAUUUUAAUUGAAGAGGGUGAGGAUCAAGGGAAUGGGGACGAGAAAGAAGACAACCCAUCUGAAUUUGGAACAGAUGUUUAUGAAUUGAAAAGAGGAAAAGUGACGUCAUCCAGAAAAGUGUUCGAAGACGGAUCGACGAUAGCUCCAGAGGAUAUCAGAAAACGUCUUCUUACUGUAAGAUUUGAUGAACUUUGGCCGAACAUUCAUUCAUAACUGAACUCUUGAUUUAGGAGAAACAAAAAUCCAAAAGGGAGAAAUUCAAAGCCAAAGGGAAGGAGAGUGCGGUUAGAAGAGGACGGAAGACAAAUCAGAAUAUUGUCAAGGAAUACGAUGGUUGGGACUUCUGA